AGGAGGGAGUGCUCUCUGCUUGCUUUUAUCACUCCAUCCCCAUUUCCAUCUUUUACUUGCGUAUCUCUGCUUGCUUGUUUGCUCCAACAAAGACUCGCGCCGUUCGAAAUGGAUCACAUAAUAAGCAUUGAUGGGAGGGAAACAAGGGCUACGCCAGAGGAAAGGCUUGAAGAUUUAAAAGCAAGAAAUGUCCUACCUCCACAUAACCAACGAUGGCUCGAAGAUGGUGAUUUGAGCAAAAUUAUGGAUCGUGACCUAUACAAAGCCACCAAAGAAGGAGACGUCGAGAAAUUCAUGGAUGCGUUAGAAACGGUGUCUCAGUCGAGGGAACUAGCUUUGUCCCUAAUCUUCGACCAGGUCACCCCCUCCGGGGAUUCAUUGCUUCAUGUAGCAGCGAGCUCUGGCAAAGAAAAUGUCAUGGAGCUCAUUCUCAAUAAUUUCCCUUACCUCGUGACCCGGAGAAACUCCUCGGAGGAUACUCCGCUCCAUGUCGCCAUUCGAACCAGAAGUUUAGAGGCGACAAGAAAGCUCAUUCGCCUGAGAAGAGAUGCGGAAACUAUGUACUGGAAGAACAAGGAUAGUAAAUCUCCAUUGUAUCUGGCAGUUGAAAACUGCAAGUAUUUGGAAUACAAAAAUCGCGAGGGGGCGGGAUGGGAGAUUCUUCAGCUUCUCUUGAAAGAAUCUGCUCGAGAUGAAGCUUACGCAGUCAAGAUACAGGGCAUGUCCCCGGUUUUGGCCGCGAUUGAGGAGAGGCAAUCAGGUAUAUUAGAAGAAAUAAUAGAUCGGCUUCCGAAGUUACUCCACGUGCGCGGUGAAGACGGGGGGACACCACUCCACUCUGCAGCAUCGGUUGGAGAUUUGGUGGCAGUGGAGGUCCUUCUGAGAGAAUGCCCAGAUCUCGCCCUUCAAACGGACAAAAACGGCUCCUACCCGAUUCACAUCGCUUGCCAAGGCUGGGGCAGCGGGUUUACGGUCGACCAACUAGUACAGGCCACGUGGCCCGACCUGGCAGAGAUAAAAAACAAUAAGGGUCAGAAUAUUCUUCACGUUGCUGCCAAGGCCGGGAACAACAUAGGGGUCUUUCAGAUAAGCUGGUGUUGCGACGAGGCCGUCAUCAAGGAGCUGGCGAACUCGAAAGAUGUCGAUGGAAACACACCCCUCCACUUGGCAUCGAUGCACAAUCAUUGCCGAGUUAUGCUCUAUCUGACAAGGGACAACAGGAGUGACUUGACGCUUCUGAACAACGACAAGUUGACCGCCCUGGACGUGGCCAUGAAUUCUGCAAGCUUGUCAACCAAAUAUCCAGCGUUACUAGGACGUGCAAUCUUGAUUACCGCGGGUGUGCCGCAAAGCGGAGGCCGAGACGUUUGGUCGCCAAGAGAAAACGCCGAAUGGAUGAAGGACGAGGUGAACACCCGAUUGCUAGUGGCCACACUUGUGGCCACCGUCACGUUUGCCGCCGGAUUCACCUUGCCCGGUGGAUAUAAUGCAUCCAGCGAUCCACGCCCAGGGACGGCGACCAUGCUGCACAACAAAGUGUUUCAGGUUUUCGUAAUUUCCAACAUGUUAGCCAUGUACAGCUCCGUCCUUGCGGUCGUAGUCCUCCUCUGGGGUCACAUAAGUGAUUUCUACGUAGCAGAACAAGCUUACCUCACAGCAGGGCCAUUGUUGUUGAUGGCUCUCACCGGCAUGUCUGUGGCAUUUUUGGCAGGCGUAAGUGUAGCAGUGAGCAAAAUUACAUGGCUCGCUUUCCUCCUCCUAUGCAUCGCAAUCUUUUUCCUCGUGACGCUGGUAAUGGUUUUAGGAGCCUUGAUAUUCCCAUUCUCCAAGACUGCUAUGCAUAUUGUGUCUUUGUACUAUCUAGUUGGAGCCCUACCGAGAUAUGCAGUACGCCGUUUCAAACACAGGAACGAUCCUGAACGUUUGAAGUCAGAUGUUUACUUUUUCUGAUUAGAAUUAACAUAUUAGUUGAUGUAUCUCUUACAAUUCACUAUGGAUUACUGUUGAAUUUUUCCCUUUCAUUUUCUGUUGCUCUGUACGAUGGGUAGUACGAGUUCAAAUCCUAGUCGAGGCAUGGUAGACAGGGGCUGAAGAACAAGCAUAGCUAGAACUGCCAGCAGCACAGAAGUUACAAGCCAUUGCCGAUUUCAACAUUCCUUUGUCGGCUUGUAGAUCCUAUGGUUGCAGGGGCGGAGGUCAAGACAGUUUCAGUUGAUUCACUG